AUCGUCGCUGCUGCCCUCCUCACUGCACGCGUUGGUUGUGCCACGCAUAAUGUCGAUCCCCGCAAACGACGCUUUCACUCUCGGACCUCGCCUUGGUCUUCGCUCUUCGUCUUCCAAAAUACCCUUCGUCUCCGGCAGCCCCAAGGCCCGCUCCCCAUCCGCCUCAACUCGCCCUUCCAAGCCUUCUCGACAGAUGAGUGUAGAACCAAACGACCCGGUCGCGUCGCGCGCGUCGCCUCCAAACGGUACCGCCAAUGGCCACACCUCACCACUCCGCCAACGAAAGCGGCCACGUUCAACAUCCCCCUCUACCGCUGUUGUACCUAAUGGCUCGGACGCGUCGCGUAGCACCAAGACCGACAAACCCACAAAGCAGAAGAUAGACUGGGAGAUACCCCGGAAGACACUGCAUUCCUCCAUCGGCUUCCUCACGCUGUACCUCUAUGCCUCCGACGGCGACCCGCGCAACGUCGUCCUUGUACUCAGUCUCGCCCUUGCUGUCAUCGUACCGGCAGACAUCCUCCGGCUGCGCUCGACGCGCUUCGAGCACUUUUACGAGCGGUGCCUUGGCUUCCUCAUGCGCGAGAGCGAAAAAAAAUCCACAAACGGCGUGAUAUGGUACAUCAUCGGCGUCAUCUUCGUGCUCGCAGUAUACCCCCUCGACAUCGCCACCGUCGCGAUCCUCAUCCUCUCCUGGGCGGACACGGCCGCGUCCACCGUCGGCCGCAUGUUCGGGGCCUACACGCCCCCGCUCCCCCGCACGUUCCCGGUGCUCCGGCUCCCGCUCGCCCCACGCAAGUCCCUUGCCGGGUUCCUCGCGGGAGCGGCGACUGGCGCGGCUAUCGCGGUCGGCUUCUGGGGCUGGUUCGCGCCCGACGCGCGCGCUGCCCAGCUCGCGUUCUACCUCCCCGCGGGAACUCUCGCCGCCGCGCAGGAGGUCCUGCCUGCGCAGCUCGCGGAUGUUGUCACGAAGGGUAUGGAGGCGGUACAAGCGACGGGGCUGCCGCUGGGCCGGUGGUUGGGCCUCGGGACGCUCGGCGCUGUGUGUGGCCUCAUUUCGGGAACUGCUGAGGCGCUCGACCUGGGCUCACUGGACGAUAACCUGACGCUGCCGAUCAUCUCCGGCGGGUGCAUCUGGGGCUUCUUCAAGGUGCUCGAGUGGUUCACCGGCUCCGGGUGAGCGCCCCACUCACCUCGUCCGCUCUCCGCUGCGCUACCACCCCCUACGACACCGAUACCGCCACCGAACGCGAUCUAACUCUCUGGACCGCUGAACUAUUGAAUAAUAUCCCCGCCCUUACGCUACGACGACCCCCCUGCACGCAUCUCUAACUCUGAAGACCGCGCCGACCGGACGCGCGGGCCGCCCGCCGCUGCACGUAGAAAUACUGUACUCCUCGCCCCUCUACAUCUUUACCCCUCUUCUGCGCCUCUGUUCUCCAUAUUCCAUAUUCCUAUCUCCCAAUUCCCCGUCCUGUGUUCCCCACCCCCGUUCGC